ACGUGUUGUACGCUGCUGAGAUUGACUUUUGUCAGCGAUCGCUGCUUUAAAUUGCGCUCACUCGACUUCUUUAUCCGAUCAUUGAGUUUCUUGUCACAGCCGAUCAACUUCCGAGAUGUUACAGCUUCAAACAGACACGCAAGGACACAAAAGUUCAAAUGGGGUGGGGGUGGGGGGAUUUAAAAGUGUAAACAAAUCCGACCAUAACUCCAGCAGCACUCAGGCGCAUCUAGUAUGAACGGGCCUGGCUUUUAUUCUCUCUGUUUGUUUGUGCGAUUGAACUUUUCGACAGAUUUGUUUCGACACCAAACUUUGGCGACAUGGACGCGCACCGCGGCGCGCCUCCGGCCGGGCAGCAGAUCGUGCACGUCCGCGGGGACUCGCAGACGGAGCUGGAGGCCCUCUUCAGCGCCGUGAUGAACCCCAGCAAGUCGGCCAGACAGCCGUCCUCUCUUCCCAUGAGGAUGAGGAAACUGCCGGACUCUUUCUUCAGGCAGCCGGAUUCCCGAGGACACUCCAGACAAGCCAGUUCGGAUGGAGGCGUGUGCGGCUCCCUCACUCCUCAUCACGUCCGCGCCCAUUCCUCCCCUGCCUCCCUCCCAGUCAACUCCCUCUCCACUCAAGCAGCAGAUGUAGCGGCUGCACCGAUCAUACCUGACGACGUGCCGCUCCCCCAUGGUUGGGAAAUGGCCAAAACGCCUACUGGCCAACGUUAUUUCCUCAAUCACCUGGAAAAGACAACCACUUGGCACGAUCCUCGCCUUUCGCAGCUUCAGUCGGCUGCAGCUCCGCAUCCCAUCGCCGGCACUCCGGUCCACGCCCACUCCCUCAGCAACCCAGCACCCACUACACAACCACAAAACAUCAGUCCAGAGACAGGUCCACUGCCUGAAGGCUGGGAGAAGGCUGUGACUGCCGAUGGAGAGGUGUACUACAUCGAUCACAUAAAUAAGACCACCUCAUGGGUCGACCCGCGUCUAGUCCAGAAGAUGAACCCUGGCGUCCUUGGCCUGGGACUGCAGCAAAGGCAGGAAAAGGAAAGGCUCAGAUGCAAACAAGGCCUCCCUCAACAAAUCACACAGGAGGCCGGAGGAAGGAACCAGAUGCCCGGUGGGAUGGACCAUGACAGGAACGCACAGACACUUCACCCCUCGUCUCUGGAUGUCAGAAUCAGAUCCUCAAACCACGAACCCACACUUAAUGGCGCUCACUCUCGCAAUGAGAGCACUGACAGCGGCCUGAGCGUCAGCAGCUUACCCCGUACGUCGGACCACAUGUUGAGUUCUGUGGAUCACAUGGACACUGGCGACUCCGGCGAGACCUCCGCGAUGACCUUACAGGAAUCGAUGCCUGUGCUGCCGAUGUCUGAGGGCGAGGAGCUAAUGCCCUGCAUCCCAGAGGGUCUCAGUUCAGACCUCCUGAUGGACAUGGAGACCGUUCUCUCUGGGUCGCACAUGGACAGAGACAGCCUGCUCACCUGGCUAUAGACACACCAUCAGAUCAUCAAACCACAUCAAAUCUUCAUAACAUGACUGAGAGUUCUGGAGAAUCUUUGGUACAGAACAGCGUUUCGGAGAGAAUAUGCUACUGUUGUGUGAUGGAUCCCUAACACUACUCGCACCCUGAGGAACGAAAAACCUGACUCUGGCUGAAGGUGGUAAGCUGCUGGUGUUCUUCUCUUUUUGGGCCUGGGUUUUUCAUAGAUGCAUGACGGAGCAUCCAUAUUCUGACAACGCUCCUUUCUUUUUAGUCAUCAACCUCAGAUCAUCUCUGGUGAAGUGCGUCACGGCUAAUUUUAGAGUGCAGAUUUAUUUUAUUAUCCCCACUCGGGUAAUAGUGUUUGCUGGAAACUUUUAAAAACACAGUGUCGAGUCAGUGAAGUCUGCAUGUUGCAUUUAACAGAAAUGCAAAAAGGACAUGUUAAAAGAGCAUUAAGAGAUAUUUAACAAUAACAGAAGAUGCAAGGGAUGGGUACUGAUAAGCUUUUAUUGAUACCAAUGCCAUUAUCUAGUCUUUAUGUUGGUCCGGUUCCUUAUGUAUUGCCACAUAGAUUCCUGCUCUGUUUUCUGAGCUGGAAAAAAGUAGACCCACACAGGUUUUCAACACAACUCUUUCAUUAUCUCUGAGUCCACAUGGUCCAGAAACAGUAGCAAAUAUGCGUUAUCAUCUUACAGACAUUACAAGCAGCACUGUUGUCAUCUUUCUUGAUGAAAUAUAGCCACACUUUGGACAGCUGCCUCCUCUCUGCUGUGACUCCCUGUUGCAAGUUUUCAGCACUACAGAUGCACAAGUUUGACAUCAUAAUUUUCAACUUGCAACUUUCAGAAAAAAACAUGUUGGUAUUGAUAACAGGAAUUGAUGAGCUCAAAGGCAGGCAUACAAUUCCAAUGGAUCUGACAAUAGGAACUGUUUCUUAAUUCCCAACCCUAAAAGAUAUUCCCCUCAAUUACUUCAUAUAGCAUUUGGGAUAAAGAACAAUAUUUAGUGCUACUACCUCAAAGCAGCCUGUAAUUUGGGAUUUUAAAGCACUCAAUUAUCUAAAACAUGUACUUAAAAAGCGGCAGGACUAAGAGCAAGAGAUAAAUUUAAAGAAUUUAACACUGCAAUGGUUCCAUAAACCAAAAAUCUCUGCUUGGAAAAAAAACAAAAUGCUCACAUAACCAUUGGGAGAGGACGCACCCUUGUGGUGAAAAAAUGAAAUAUUAAGAACACUAACAAAGACAGUUUACUCUUAAUCUUUAAAAACAAAUGCUCAUGAGCUAAAAAAAAAAAAAAAACAGUAUUAAAGCAAUUAUCAGAGUCACCUAUCAGUCUUUUUUUGGAAUAUCUUUAAGUUUUUUUGUCAUUAAGUCAAGAAGGAUGAGCUUUAUCUUUGGUGACAUAGAAGACUAUCAAAUAAAAGCCUGUCAGAAGAUUUUACAUUUAGAGAAAUAAAGUUUGCAGGAUACUGGACUUUAGGCACUAAAGCUACAGUAAAGUGUCUUUUUAGGAACUUUCUGUACAGGAGGGAUACUGGAAUAUAAAGAGGAUCUACAGUAAAUGAGCAUGUGUUCACUAUAAUGCAGUCCAACACAAGAGGAAACUAAUCCUGACGCAUCCGGUCUUCAGAUUGAUUUAGUUGGUAGAUGACGCCCUGAACUAAAGCCGCCUUUUAUGUGUCAAAAAGCAUUUCUGCUCUUUUUUAAAAUUCAGUUUUAUUUCAUAAAAGUAUGUUUAAAACAGUCAGAAAAAACUUGCAUCAGUCUUGCUAUAUAUCACCUUUUUUAAGUUGCUAAUAGUCAGGUUUUGUUAAUAAUGUUUUGUAAUGGAUUGCAUUUUAUUUUGAAGAGCUCCAGUCAUUCUGUCCACUCCAGCAUUGAAUAUAAGCUUCACAAAGAUAGUAUUUAUUGGAGAUUUGUUUUAUUGGAUUGCAUCAUAUUGUACAGUUGUAAUAUUAUUCUGUCCACCCCUUGUUUAAGAAAAGAUGCCACAGUUGCCAUCAGGGCCUGAAUGUUUUCUCUCCUUAGUGUGCAGCAGAUUUUAGCUCUCAGUGGCUUCUAUAAAAUAUUCAAUUAAUCAUUUUUCUCACUUUCAACACUAUUGACCAUGUACAUUCCUAUAAAUCCCCUUUUUUAACAUCUUUAGUGCCUAUUCAUUCAAUGUCAUCAUAGGUUUGUUCUUCCCGUUGAAAGACAUACACCAAUAACCAUAAAGUUUUAGCUCCCUCACUACAAAACAUCUUUACAUUUAUUUCCAAAAUCAAUUGACAAACUCUUGCAACUUGCUUUUUAUAUCAUAACUUAAUGUGGUUUUGUAUUGUGGUGGAUCACAGUAUCAUUAUACGUUUCUUAAGGACUACAAUUUGCAGAAGAUCAUUACGGUUAGUUGGAAGAGAAAAAUAAAUGAUAUAGGGCAAUAUUACAAUCAUCUUUAAAAAAUUAUCUCCUGCAUAUACAAUCUUCAAUUUUAAUCUAUUAAUGUGUCAAAACAAAUACAAAAAAGGUUUAAUAUUAAAAAAACUCCCUUCCAUUUCUUAAUAUUUAUGAAUAAUCCUGACUAAUUUAAAAGUCUAUGGUUACACUGCAUGACAGAAGCAAGUUUUAAGAUCCUGCAAAUAUAAAUUCACAUUUUAAGGAUUAGAUGCCUGAACAGUACAAAACACAUUUAAGUUUCCAAAGCAGAGUAGUGUGGUUUGCUUAAUACUAGCAGUGAUGUAAAAUGUGUGUUGUAAAAAAAAAACUAAGACAUGCAAAAUCACUGGUAGAAUCACUUAGAAUUAUCCCUGUCAGUGCUAUUAAAAUAUUAGUCGCUACCACUCAAUAGAGUUGUAAUUUCCUCAAGUUUUUUCCACUCUUAAAGAGCUGUUAUGUAAGUGGGAAGGAGAAAAUGUCUGUGCUUAAAAAAUGGAUUUCAGUCAAGCAACAUACUAAUUGCGGAUGCUGUGUUCUUGGUAUAUUUUGUUCUAACUGUUUUAGUGCUUACUGGUGCUGUAAUACAUAAGGCAAACAUCAGUAAGGGGAGCUCCUAAAUUCUCCUCUUUUAGUUAAACUAUAUAAUAAAUAUAUAAUCUGUUUUUUUGUGUUUUUUUUUUGUUAUCCGCUGGGUUGUUUCUGCAGUGUGUUUAUGUUUUAUCUGAAUAUGAAGCUGUUAAUUAUCAGUGAGAGCAUUUCUUAUAACCAGCUUCCUGUUUAUGUAUACAGUAUUAAGAGGUAAAAACUUCAUUCACAACAUCCCCAAAUAUAGAGCCAAGUCACUUGAUCUUUUCUAAAUUAAAGUACCAUGGGCCUUACUGUUCAUACACAUAAUGCAACACACUACCUAGCCUUUUAUUUAUCUUAGCAUGCAUGACACUUGCAAUGUAUGUUACAUAUAAUGAUGUUUUAUUAUCCAAUUUACAGAGUUUGGAGGCAAUCAGUCUUGUUUUAUACCUUUUUAUGCAUGUGCUUUAUAUAAAUAUAUUUCCUCUUACUCUCACUGUAAUCAUUUUAAAGGUGUUUCUGUUUAAUAAACUUUUAAUUACA